UGACUAAACUUCAGACUGUCAUUCAGUCGACAGCGUGUACUGAAGCAGUCAGCAUGCACCAUCAGUCACGCAAUGACACGAAGGAAGAGCCAAGUAAUUGGAAUUCUGUAAGGGACGUACAGUACACGCUACAGCUGAGCAAGUGGCUGUUGAAGCCGAUCGGAGUUUGGCCGCUUGUUUCCGGUCGAAGCAGCAGACUGGAUUAUUUCGUCUCCGCGGUUCUAAUGGUCACGUGCUUCUCGAGUAUCUUCUUCAUCAUCGUACCGUCCGGCCACUAUGUCCUCUAUGUGAAUAAAAGCGUACAGAUGAAGUUGAAGCUGCUCGGACCGGUGGGUUUCUGUGUGUCCUCUGUAUUGAAAUACUGCUGUCUCAUUAUAAAAAGUACCCCCUUGAAACGGUGCAUCCAACACGUGGAGAAGGAUUGGAGAACGGUACAGGACCCUAACCACUGGAGAAUUAUGUUAAAGUAUGUGACGAUCAGCAGGAAUUUAAUCACCAUCUGCGCCAGUUUCAUCUACACAGGUGGUAUGUCCUUUCACACGGUUAUGCAGUUCUUGUCGAACGAUAAUAGCACCUUCAGACCACUCUCGUAUCCCGGCUACGAUUGGUUCCUCGAUGUGCGGUCGAGUCCUACUUACGAAAUAGUGUUUCUUACUCACUGUCUCGCGGCUAUGACUAUGUACACUGUUACGACUGCCGCGUACAGUUUAGCAGCGAUCUUCGUUACUCAUAUCUGCGGCCAGAUUCAGAUAAACAUAAAGAGAUUGCAGGAAUUGGUCCAGAAAGUGGAGAACAACGAUGUUACACCCGACCCGAUGGCGAUCAUCAUUCAUGAUCACGUCGAGAUUAUCAAAUUUGCGAGAAACGUUGAAGAAGCUUUGCGCGAGAUAUGUCUCAUUCAAAUCAUCGAAUCGACGGUGAACAUGUGCAUGCUCGAAUACUAUUGUUUGUCGGUAAACGAUUUCAACCUUAUUCAUAUAAUUCGAUUGAAAAUUAUAUGGUAA